UUGCAGAUCAUCGUAAAGUAGAUGCCUCCUUCUAACUGUGACAAACAUUUGCAAAAAACCAUAUAGCCCUUUUCAGUAUUUACAGGGUAUUUGAAAAGCGGCUUUGCUGUCGCUUGUGAGAUCUAUUGGCCCUCGCACUACGCGCGUUUUGUUGUGGUUUCUGUUUCAGUUUCAGUUUCAUUUGAACUUUACGUCGCCUCUCAUCAUCAUCAUCAUCUCCAUCUCCAUCUCCAGCUCCAUCUCCAGCUGCUGCUGCAGCAUCACGACAGAGAUUCGCGUCGGCGUCUUAUAAGUGACAGUCGGCGACUGAUUAGCAUUUAGUUGGUUUCUGUUUGCCAAGCGACCCGGUGCUCAGUCUUAAGUCGGCCAUCAAAUCGAACGGAAAUGCGCGUGUUUAUUGUUACGUGCCUGCUGGGCCUGUCAUUGGCAGCGCCACAAGGAUACAAUUACCAGGCGGGGGGAAAUCUGCACUUGCCCGGCAUACCCAGCAUACCCGGCUUAUCCGGCUUAGUCGGGCUGCAACAGCAGGCGGCCAGUGUGGAUGAGCAGCGUCUCGUGCAGCAGGCGCUGCAGGCACCCAAGGUGCAGCAGAUCUUCCAGCAACAGCCACAGCAGCAGCAGCAGAUCUUCCAGCAACAGCCACAGCAACAGCAGCAGAUCUUCCAACAGCAGGGCUCCAGCUUUGGUUACAAUCAACAGCCGCAGUCCUACAGUCCCGUCGUCUCCAAGGACAUCUAUGUCCACGUGCCGCCCGCCGAGGAGCCAGAGGAGCGCUAUCCACAGCCCGUGCUGCCCGUGGGCCCACCACGCAAACAUUAUCGCAUUGUGUUCAUUAAGGCGCCGACGCCCAGCGUGAGCAAGGCGGCCGUCCGGGUGCAGCAGGCGCCCGUCGAGGAGAAGACCAUCAUCUAUGUGCUGACCAAGAAGCCCGAUCCGCUCGAGCUGCAAACGGCUAUCGAGGAGGCGGCACCGAAGCCCAUCAGCAAACCGGAGGUGUUCUUUAUCAAAUACAAAACGCAGGAGGAAGCGGCGCAUGCGCAGCGCACCAUACAAGCUCAAUACGAUCAGCUGGGCGGCACCACGCAGGUCUCCGACGAGGGCGUGGCACCGGUCACAUCGGUUAUCGGUGCUCUGGAUAAUCAGGUGGGCACAGGUGCAGGGAUUGGUAGCACGGCAGGCCUCACGGGCGCUGUGCCCAGCAAAUAUUUGCCCGCCCAUUUGCGUGCGUGAUGAUGAGAAUUGACUGAGAACUCAAGAAUUGUUGUUAUUGUUGUAGCCAUAGGUAAAAAAAAAAAA